AUGGAUGCAGUCGACAGGCAUAUGCUGGCAAGAAACAACAUCCCUCUGGAGAUCGACCAGUUGAAAGAGCUGUUACAGGACUGGGUGAUCGCGCCGAGGGUGUUGGACGCCUCCGCCUGCCGCGGCGACUGCAGCGACCCCCGCGGAAUCGCGCCUGCGCCCCUCCAACCACGCCGUCGCGCACCUGGGCAACUGCUCGCGCACCUGGGCAACUCCUCGCGCCUGGCGCCCAUGUCCAUCCUCUACCACCACCACGACGAGAACACAGUCGCCGCGCGCAACUACCUGGACAUGAUCGUGAGGGCGUGCGGCUGUCUCUGA